AUGGUGAUCACAAAUGAGAAGAAUGAGCUAAUUCCCACUAGAACAGUCACUGGCUGGAGGAUUUGCAUGGACUACCGCAAAUUGAAUGAGGCGACAAGGAAGGAUCAUUACCUAGUUCCUUUCAUUGAUCAAAUGCUAGACAGGCUAUCUGGGCCGGAGUAUUAUUGCUUCUUGGAUGGUUAUUCACGGUGUAUGAUGACGAUCUUUCAGGACAUGGUGGAGGAUUUUGCGGAGAUCUUCAUGGAUGACUUCUUAGUUUUUUGGGAGUCCUUUGAUUCAUGCUUACGAAAUCUGGAUAGAGUGGUAGGAAGGUUAGAGAGUUCGACACAUAUUGAAAAAAAACUACAGAUUAAAGAAGAAUUUCCAGAUGAGCAGCUAUUGGCCCUAGGGAUGACUGAAUUGCCAUGGUAUGCAGAUGUUGUCAAUUAG